CCGCAUUUGAUUCCUUAUAUUUCUUUUUUGACUUUUUUUUUCUGUCUCCGUUUUUAGGCCUUUUUCCUCUUCCUUCCUCUCCUCCACACCGCUGUAAAAACUAAAACGUUACGAAGGCGAUGGAGGGAUCAACCGUACCGUCGUCUUCACCGCCCAUUCCAACUACAAACACUGUCACCGCCACUGCUGCUGCUGCUGCUUCUUCUGCUACCACCACAACCACAACGACAACAGCGGCAGCAGCAGCGGCAGCAGCAGCGGCAGUAGCAGCAAAUAACUUUCUGGCGUCACUGGCACCUGCACCUUCACCUCUGUCAACUUUAUUUGCUGAUUCGAACCCGAAUGCCAUGGACAUUGACAUUGCUGCGUCUAUUUUUCCAACCACACCGUCUUCGCCCUUACCCUUUUCUCCGUCAUUUCAAAUGUCUCUUGAAAAUGUUGUUCCGCCACCCAAGGUAACGCCGGUCCUGACACCAAGAGAGUCCCCCCGGAAAGAAGAGGAUGCUGCCGCUGUUACUGCUGCUGCUGCUGCUGCUGCUGCUGCCCGCCCUCUUCCUCCUCCUCCUCCUCCUUCGAUGAUGGUACCUGCAAAGCGAGGCUACAAGUCGCAUGUACCUAGUGCAUGCAUCAACUGUAAAAAGGCACACUUGGCUUGUGAUGUGUCACGACCGUGCAAACGUUGUGUUGCGCUUGGCAAGACCGACACAUGUCAAGACAUUAAACACAAAAAGCGAGGAAGGCCACGAUUACGGGAUAAGCAAGCGUCGGGCGAUGGACGGGGGAAUGACAGUGGAUACGAGGUGAUGUACGGGACUAUUCAGACGCCGAGCUUUACUGCCCAACCACAGCGGCCGCCCACACCAGCAUCAUCUUCGACAACUUUUACGCAUCAACAGCCUGCACCACAGCAGCCACGCCCUGUUGUUCCUCUUAGAACCGCACAGGACGUCCAACAACAACAACAACAACAACAGCAACAGCAGCAGCGGCAACAAACCAGUACGAUCUCAUUCAUUCAUGAACCUAUAGAAUCUUUUCAGCAACUUUCUCACGAACCGCACCACUCUCCUGUUGUUCAGCAACAGCAACAGCAAGAAACUCCAAGUCCACCCCACAGUGAUGGAAGCUUCUUACAACAGCCGGUGCAGUUGAUUUCCCAUAUCCCCUUUGACGAGCUACUCCGCGACAGCAACACCAUGAUGCAGCAAUACAUGGUUCCGCCGUACAUGACAAUGCCUUUGCAGCAUCAGAAUUUCAGCCAGCCUGAACAACAGCAGCAUGCUCCUGAGACCAUGAGUCUCCAGAUGAAGAUGGGCAAUGCAUUUGCGCAAAGACCGACUAGUUUACCGCUAGCAACGCCUCCUCCUCCUGCUCCUCCAACAGUUUUUCCUUCUCACCAGCACCAACAAGUUCAACAUCAUCAACCUCAGCAACAACAACAGCAGCAGCAGCAGCAGCCACAACAGUAUCAGGUUCACAACCAACAACCGACUAAAAAGCAAAACGAUGUCGUUCAAAUCGAACAUACUGAAAGACAGGCGGACCAACAACGGACAAAAGAAAGCAACACGGUCAAGCCAGAAGAACCCCAGUCUGUCCCGGAUUGCCGGUUGAGUAACAGCGCCAGCAGCAACAGCAAAGAUAAAGAGGGGGGCGAUAACAGUGCGGUGACAGUCAUCUUGUCAAUGGAGGUAUGCUGUGCGCGCGUGUCCGAAGAAGUCACCGGGAUGUGGGGCUACUACCCGCAGGAAUUUGCGCAUCGGUCACUGUACGACUUUAUCUCUCCCAACGAUACCGACAGAUUAGCCAGGUUGCAUCGGCUAUUGCUGGACAAUGUUGUUGAUGUGGCCAAAAGCACCGAACCGCCGCCGCAGACUGAGCGUACUACUUCCGAAUUGUUCCACAAAAUGGAUCAAGACCAACUAACGGCGGUUGCUUCUGGAUCAAGCACCUUUUCGGAUACUCUGCAUGUCAAAAAGCGGUCUGGAGAGGAGGAGUUGUACGAAAUGGUUGUCUGUAUGGGUGGAGGUCUUGGUGCAGACUUACAUCAACCAUCCAGCCAUUCCAAGCUUUACAUAAUCGCACAGUUCCGGAAGCAUCGGUAUGAGGUGUCGACUCUGAACCCUUUCAGUACCAAUAGUGCCGCUGUGGCAUCGUCGUCGUCGUCGUCGUCGUCGUCGUUAGCAUCUUCGUCGCGUCUCAUAUCGAGCAGCUUCAGCCAAACAUCAUCGUCACCAGUGGCAAAAAGCAAUAAUGACAAAGGCAAUCGCAGUCCUAAAAGUGAUGCAAAACCAUCCAUCAACAACAACAACAAGUCAUCGCUAUCCAACAAUAAUUCUGGGCUGAAAAGGGGCAACGCCUUUUUCAAAUCCAAUCCGCCAUUUCGGCAUACUAUGGCGAGAACCAUCACCGACAUUGGCCGCGGGGGUCCAUCGAUGGAUAUCCGGUCACGGUCAGCACUGCCGGCCCAUUAUGCCACAUCCUCCCAGCUCAGCCUCCAAUGUGAAGAGCUUUUAGCACUCGCUGGAUUAUCUCCCUUCAGCACAAGGGUUGAAUUUAGGUAAGAGAGAGAAGAAAGAAGGUACCACAGAACGCUAGAAUUGUGCAUCAUUGUGUACAUACAUGACCUGCAUACAAAAAGAAUCCAUUCGCUUCGAUUCGGAACAAUACUCUGUGAUACCUAGACACUUUGCUUCAUCAUCAGCCAAACCACCUAGAAAAAUAUGCCAAGCAACCGCUGUGAUGGUGACAACCCCCGUUGACAUAGUAACAAAACACAGCCAUAGCACCGAGGCGUUGUUACGGUACCUACAUACAUUAAAAAGUGAAAGAGUUCGUUUGCAAAUUUGAAGGGUGUGGUUUAUAAAAAAGAUAAGCCCAAAUUUUUAUAUGAAGACAAGAGAAAAAAAAAUGAUGGAGGUGUUGUAUGUGUAUGUGUGGAGUGCAUAUCCGACAUUUGUUGGAAAAAAAAAAAGAAAAUACAAAGAGCUAAAUGGGAGGAAACUGUUCUCUACAGCAAAAGGUUGCGUUAUCUUUUUUUUUUUCUU